UCAUGCGAACAAUUUAAAAUAUUGAUGUUAGCAGGAAAGAAUUCAAGAGUUGUGAAAUAAAAAUGGAACUGACAGCUGUACUUUUAUAUAUACUACUUGGGUUAGUUACGAUUGGUUUCUACUUUUACCGAAAGAAUUUAAAUUAUUGGAAAGAUCGUGGAAUACCAUGUGCUGAGGCUCAUCCCAUUUAUGGCAGCGUGCGUGGCAUUAUAAAAACUCGUAUCAUUCAAGAUAUAUUCGGCGAGCUUUAUACGAAGUAUAAAAAUGUUGGACCAUUCGUUGGCAUACAUUUUUUCCAACGACCUGCAGCAUUCGUGGUAGAUCCUAUGCUAGCAAAGCGCAUACUCAUAAAAGAUUUUUCUAAUUUCCCUGAACGCGGUACUUACCACAACGAAGAAGACGAUCCAUUGACUGGCCACUUAUUUGCUUUGGAUGGUGCAAAAUGGAAGCCAUUGAGACAAAAAUUAUCGCCUACCUUUACUUCAGGAAAAAUGAAAUUUAUGUUUCCUACUGUUGUGAAUGUGGGAGAACAAUUUAUUGACGUACUUGGUGAAAUGGUGAAAAGUGAACACAACUUUGAUGUCAGAGAGCUUUGUGCGCGAUUCACCACAGAUGUAAUAGGAACUUGUGCAUUUGGUAUAGAAUGCAACAGCCUUAAGGAUCCAAAUGCAGAGUUCCGUUGUUGGGGUCGUAAAGCAUUAACUCUUAACAGACAUGGAGCUUUUAUAAGUGGCUUAAUUGAAAGUUUUCCGAAAUUAGCACGAAAACUACGUAUGAAAAUAAUACACAACGAAAUUAAUGACUUCUUCAUGCGAAUUGUACACGAAACCGUUGAGCUGCGUGAAAGGAAAAACAUAAAACGUAAUGAUUUUAUGGAUUUAUUAGUAGAAUUGAAAAAAACGAAGACGAUUAAAUUGGAAAAUGGUGAGGUGCUUACAGGCCUAACAAUGAAUGAGGUAGCUGCUCAAGCAUUUGUUUUUUUUCUCGCCGGCUUUGAAACUUCUUCCUCUACUAUGAGCUUUGCUUUGUAUGAGUUGGCACAGCAUGAAGAAAUACAAAAUAAAAUGAGAGAGGAAGUCACAGAGGUCCUUGCAAAACAUAACAAUCAAUUAAGUUAUGAAUGUAUAAAAGAAUUAACUUAUGUAGAUCAAGUAAUAAGUGAAACUUUGCGUCAUUACACAAUUGUGCCUUUCUUGCAACGUCAGGCUGAAAAUGAAUAUAUCGUACCAGAUAAUCCAAAAUUUAUUAUUGAGAAAGGUGGUCUUGUAAUUAUACCAUCGUCAUCUUUUCAUCAUGAUCCCGAAUUAUAUCCAGAACCAAAUAAAUUUAACCCGGAUCGUUUCUCCCCAGAUAUGGUAAGCGAACGCGACAGUAUUAAUUGGUUGGCUUUUGGAGAAGGCCCACGUAACUGCAUUGGUUUGCGGUUCGGUAAAAUGCAAGCGCGCAUAGGUCUUGCUUUACUUAUUAAAAAUUUUAAGUUUUCUAUAUGCGAAGAUACAAAAAUUCCUAUAGUUUAUGAAGCAGAAUCAUUCCUUUUAUGUCCAAAAGGUGGUAUUAAUUUGCGCAUCGAAAAAAUUUAAUUGGAUAAAUUAUUAAUUAAUUGGAAUAAAUUAUUUGUGUUUUGUAAAAUAUUAAGAGAAUUGUCUCUUAUAAAGGGGUUGAUGCAAUAGGUUUUUAAGAGA